UCUAAUUCAUAGCAAAGUUUAUUUCACUUGGAAAAAUAUAGACGUACUGAUUAAAACAAACAGUUAGGCAUACCAACCGAAAUCAAUGGAUGAAAAUUAUGGAGUAACCAGAUGUAGUACAGAAGAAGCAAAAGAUUUCAAGCAUUUAAAUGACGACAAAACAAGACAGUUUCUUAGCAGUGAAAUUAAAGGUAUUGAAAAGAAGACGGGUUUAGAUCAUGGUGAAGUCAGCGAGUUUGAAAAUGAAAAUUGUAAUUGUAAUAAUGUAAGUAAAACAGAUCUUCAAAGAACAAAGCUCUGUUUAACAGAAAACGAAAUUAGUAGAAACAAUAGCAUGGUAAACAUAGAAACUCGUUACAUUUCUAAAGAAGGAUACUUUCAACAUACCGAUGAGUCUGAACACCAAAAAGAACGAUUUUCCUACAUAUGCAAUGGUAGAUUAAAAUUUGGAAAAAGAAAUCAGCUUGUAAGCCUGUUUGACGAGGAUGUCACACUGAUGCCCCAUGGUGACGUGUUAGCCCGUUUACGGAAUAAUAUGGAUACAAAGAAUCAAUGCAAUACAGGAUCAGUGGAGGAAAACAUUUGUGCAACUGACUACAAUACUUUAAGUUCAGCUAUUUGUGGAACAGUUCAUCAUGAGUCUUCAGGAUCAGCAAACAAAUUUAUAAUGAAACGUUUGAUUACCUUGAAAAGCAGACACAACUCCAAGUUUAUGCAAAUACAAAACGGACAAAUUGCUUUUACAGAACUCAUUUCGUCACAUUUGUUUAUGAAAGAUGAAGAUUUCCACGAAAGCCAUUUUAUAGAAGAAAGUUUCCUUAAUCAAGAUAAAACUUCCUGGUUAAGACGUUAUAGCAGCGAGGAUAAGGAAAAUAAGCAAUAUCUUAAAAUAACUCAGGAUGGGAACAUUACAUUGGUAGGGUUUAUAGAGAUGCGAAAGGAUGGAUUCAGUGUCUUUCAAUUAAAGUGUUCCGCUAAAGAAGCGUAUUUUAUAGUUGAGGAAAUGGAUGGAAAGAAAUUGCUUUGUUUCAAUGGACAUACCAUUCGAUGUGUAGAACAACCAGAGAGCCGGAAUGAUUUGAAUUAUAUUGAUUGCAUUCCAGAGAAAUUUAGAUUCCAAGUGAACAAAGUAGUUUGUAAUAGACAGUGAAAUAAUUAUUUAUUUAUAAACGAUUAUUAUCUUUAAUUUGGCAUGAGCUUCUUACAAAUGUAAGACACAGUCGUAUACUUGCAAUGCAGCAUUUUUAGAGAUUGUCACUGCCUAUAAUUGGUGAAAUCGUUGGUGUCUCCAUAUCCAUGGAGUGGUACAAACUUAACUG